CCGCGUCCCAUGGAUAUAGCAACAGGUCCCGAAUCGCUGGAGAGGUGCUUCCCUCGCGGACAGACGGACUGCGCUAAGAUGUUGGACGGCAUCAAGAUGGAGGAGCACGCCCUGCGCCCCGGGCCCGCCACUCUGGGGGUGCUGCUGGGCUCCGACUGCCCGCAUCCCGCCGUCUGCGAGGGCUGCCAGCGGCCCAUCUCCGACCGCUUCCUGAUGCGAGUCAACGAGUCGUCCUGGCACGAGGAGUGUUUGCAGUGCGCGGCGUGUCAGCAAGCCCUCACCACCAGCUGCUACUUCCGGGAUCGGAAACUGUACUGCAAACAAGACUACCAACAGCUCUUCGCGGCCAAGUGCAGCGGCUGCAUGGAGAAGAUCGCCCCCACUGAGUUUGUGAUGCGGGCGCUGGAGUGCGUGUACCACCUGGGCUGCUUCUGCUGCUGCGUGUGUGAGCGGCAGCUACGGAAGGGCGACGAGUUUGUGCUCAAGGAGGGCCAGCUACUGUGCAAGGGUGACUACGAGAAGGAGAAGGACCUGCUCAGCUCCGUGAGCCCCGACGAGUCUGACUCCGUGAAGAGCGAGGACGAAGAUGGGGACAUGAAGCCGGCCAAGGGACAGGGCAGCCAGAAUAAGGGCAGUGGGGAUGACGGGAAGGACCCGCGGAGGCCCAAACGACCCCGGACCAUCCUCACGACGCAGCAGCGAAGAGCCUUCAAGGCCUCCUUUGAGGUCUCCUCCAAGCCCUGCCGGAAGGUCCGAGAGACGCUGGCGGCAGAGACAGGCCUCAGCGUGCGUGUGGUCCAGGUCUGGUUUCAGAACCAAAGAGCAAAGAUGAAGAAGCUGGCACGGCGGCACCAGCAGCAACAGGAGCAGCAGAACUCGCAGCGGCUGGGCCAGGAGGUCCUGUCGAGUCGCAUGGAGGGCAUGAUGGCCUCCUACACGCCGCUGGCCCCGCCGCAGCAGCAGAUCGUGGCCAUGGAGCAGAGCCCCUAUGGCAGCAGCGACCCCUUCCAGCAGGGCCUCACGCCGCCCCAAAUGCCAGGUGACCACAUGAACCCCUAUGGGAACGACUCCAUCUUCCACGACAUCGACAGUGAUACCUCCUUAACCAGCCUCAGCGACUGCUUCCUCGGCUCCUCGGAUGUGGGCUCCCUGCAGGCCCGCGUGGGGAACCCCAUCGACAGGCUCUACUCCAUGCAGAGUUCCUACUUCGCCUCCUGAGAGCCAGCCGGGCCGCACGGACGCUUGGGCGAGGGCCCUGGGGUGGGACUGCAGGCCGCAGAGGCUGCCUCGCCACCCGCACAGACUCUACAGACAGCCAUACGGUGCCCUCCCCUCGGCCAACUGGGCCUGGCUAAAGUGCCCACUGGGCACAGCCAGACAGGCAGACGGGCACAGCCUGGGCAGGGGCUGUGUCCUGCCUACAGAGACUGUCACCCCCAGGGACCCAGAGCUCUCGGACAGCCACUCAUCUCCCAGCCCCACCUCGGCCUCCAUCGCCUCCUUCCCCCUCCCCAUCUCUUUUAUGGGAAGCUUAAAUUCUCUCUAUUUUUUUAAAUGUCCUCUCUCUGUCCAGGCCACCUCCAUGGCAUGGGCCUAGGUCGAGGCAGGGCCCCCGUGCAUGCCCCCAGACGAUGGUGUGAGAAGCGUGUGUACCUGUGCCCUGCACUGUGCCCACCUCCCCCGCCUCUGAGGGCAGGCCCGCCAGCCUAGGAUCACCCCUUCCAGCUGGAGCCUGGAGCAGGAGUAGGGAAGAGUCUGGCAGGUGGGCCAAGCCCACCACAGCUCUGCCCUGAGGGGGAAUCAUGGGGGGACCAGGGACGGGUAGGUUGAGCCCAGGCUGACUCAAAGGGAUGGAGACAUACAUGCAAAUGCACACACUUAAAGGCACACCCAUGCGGAAGCACACACAGGUAUAUGGACAUGCUG